AAAGUCAUCGCCAACAGGGUGACCUGCAGGGUACUUGCCAUGGACCUCAGGGGUCACGGUGACACCCUGGUUCGCCAAUCCGACGACUUCUCUACUCAAACCAUGUCCAGCGAUGUAGCCAAUGUGAUUGGGGCUUGCUACGGUGAGACUCCUCCCCCCAUCGUCCUGAUUGGCCACGGUGUUGGCGGGGCGAUCGCAGUGCAUACAGCCAGCAACAUGCUGCUACCAACCACUGUGGGCCUGGUGGUGAUAGACGUUGUGGAAGGCAGUGCGAUGGAGGUUCUCCACAGCAUACAGAACUUCCUGAAGGGAAGACCCAAGUCCUUCAUGUCCAUGGAUCAAGCUAUUGAGUGGAGUGUCAAGAGCGGACAAAUCAGAAACCUGGAAUCUGCCAGAGUCUCAAUGGUCGGUCAGAUCAAAAGAUGUGAGGUGGAGGAGGCCGACACUUCGGAGCACGCCGGCCCGGUGACCGACGUGGUCGUCGAAGGUAACGAAGAGUUUUACGAUCAGAGCUACGUCAACGACAAGGAAAACGCCGCUUCAGAGGUGAGUCACAGCGAAGGCCGGGGAUUAAAACAAAUGUUCGGAAACUCCUGGG